AUGAUUGGCGUGCACGCUUUGAUGUUGGUUGCCAUGGGCCGCUUCACCAGUGGAGUCCACAGGGCGUACUCGCUCUUCUUCAUCGUGGGCACAUUGGGUGCAAUUCAAAUUCCAGUGGUGGGCAUGCAGCCGCUGCGCUCUUUAGAACAGAUGGGACCUCUCCUCGUCUUCAUCGGCUUUCAGGUCUUGGCCUUUUGCGACUUCCAGCGCCACAGGAGAGAAAAGAUGAAGGAUCCCAUGGGCACUUGGGAGUUCGUGCGCUUCCGCAUCAUGAAUCGUGGCUGCAGAUGUCCGAUUGAACGAUGUUUGCUGCAUGGUUCGACGAAUGGCUACAGGAUGUGUUGCUUGAUGUUGGUCGCCUUGGCAAUUGUGGCCGCCCUGUUGUACCCCACGGGCUACUUCGGUCCUCUCUCCUCUCGAAUUCGCGGUGCCUUGGAGACUGAUGGAUUAUGGACGCGGCACGUUUCGGACCAGCGCAAGUUCAGAGGGGCUCUUUGGCCCUAUGGCCCCAGAACCGAGUUUAUGCUCCACCAACAGCUUGUGGCACAUCUCCUCCUCACACGCGUCAACAACCCUCGCUGUCCCUCCCAGCCGUUGGCCUCCGCCGGAUCGCUGGCCAUGCAGAGCUCCAAGUCGGAUAGCGCGAUCAUUUGCCCCAGAGGGGCGCUUCCAGGGUGGCGUUUGCCGAGAGAAGGUCCUGAAGAUGGUGGUGGAGAGAUGAAGGUCAUGGACAGGCUGGGCGAUUUGGAGGCCGGCGAAGUCUCCCCGGCCUUCACCACUGGCUUGAGCCGCGGUGCCGCCAGCCACACGCGGCUCCGAGCCUCGUCGCACGAGUCGCCAGCGCAGCACAGGUGGAAUGAGGUGAUGCUGAAGCACAAGAAGAUCGAGACAACCAGAGAAAGGGAUCAGAAGUAUAUCGGACUGAUGGUGGAGCACAAGGAGGACUUGCGCCAAGCACGGAUGACGCGCCUCGUGGAGUCGAUCACCAGUGGAAAGGGUCCAGACUAUGAGGCCUCACUGCAACUAAACUUCUUUCACAACAUGAGAGAGAAACAAAUCGUGAAGAACUAUAUGGACUGGGACGAGAACAUUUUCGGCCCUGCCGCAAGAAAAGCCUUCUUUCAUUUGAACAGACGCAAGAGCAAAAGGUUAAGCUUCCACUUGGAAGAGGAGCCCUUCCGGCUUUAUGUGGACAACACGAAGGACCCGGCCAAGCGGCCGCUUCAGCAAAGCGCUUCAGAGAAGACGAUGAACGCGGAUCUCGAGGCCGCUGCCCGCACGACGAAGCCGCUGGCGGCGCCGGGUUCGUCGCUCACGACGAAGGAGUUGCUUCGCUCACAGUCUCGUCCAGUGCUGGAGCCUGACCUGUGGGGAAUGUAUGGCAGCUCCGUUUUUGGACGCUUCAACCAGAUCUUGGACCCCAACAACGAUGGGCGGAGCCUCCGCCGACAGGGCCGCAAUGCCCAUUUGCCCAGCACCAACGACGGAGGCGGCGAGGUGGCUGGGACGAAGCACAGUCGACUCUUCGGAUAUCACGACAAGGGCGUCCUCCAAUCUCACCGUGAUCGGGGCGAGGCGACGGUCUUCAAGUCCCAGGAGGGCUCCAGCUGUGCGGCACCAGCGCAGGAUCACUUCACCUACCCCGAAGGACCGGAGGUCGUGAGCCUCAGCGUGGAGAUGGAGAUGGAUGCUGUGGGUACCAGCCCCGGAAGCUGGAAAGAAUCGGGCUUAGGGGAGCCUAUGUUCAGCUUAGAUGGCUUUGCAACAUGCAACUGCUUCCACGACCAUGUGCAGCGCUUUGCCCUCGAGCAUUGCGACCUUUUCGCUGCAGGCAAUGAAGAGCAAUGUCAUGAGGCUUACCUUCUUCAUCGGACAUUCCGGCAACAACUGGAGGAGACCAACCUGGAGCUGCUGGAAGAGGCUCUGAAAGAGGCCAAGUGUUGUGAGGUCGUGAUGGAGGAGCUGUUUGCCCUUCUGGACUACCAGUCAUUCCUGGAAGUCAUGCAGCGCGCGACAGUCGCGACAGACCGUGCCGCUUCCGGUGCGCCACAGGCGACCGUCUCGCAGGGCUAUCCGCGCGAGUGGUCGGCACCAGAGGUCUACGUGCGAAGUGCUGCGAACAGUGGAUUUUUUGGUCUUUUCGUGAAGCACACGAAGACAGGCAACCCCUUGGUCGAUUCCGUAGCUGAGCACCAGCCUGCGAAUCCCAGAAUCUAUGCAAGCCAUUUGGGCUUGCCCUUGGACUAUGUCCUUUUGGGCGGCCUUGUCUCCAUCUUCCAGAGGAACAAUGGCUUCUACUUCAUGUGCCUUUAUGGUUAUAUAGCAUCGCACUUCUCCGGAAAGAUGUCUCGAUUGGUCCUGAUUUGUGGGCCGAUUGUCUCGGUGGCCUGUGGAAUUUGGUGCGGAUUCCUUCUGGACAUGGUGAUCGAUCCGUUUUUGCUGUUGCUGGGAAAGAAAGGCUACGUGGCUCCCACUGCAACAGCUCCCCCCACCUCGGCCGAUGAGAAAUCGGGACAGCUGAGUGGUGAAGCAUUGGGGAAGCACCAGGUUACCCAGCCCUGUUUGACAGGGCCAGCUGGGAAGAUCAAGCCCUAUCCACUUCAGGAGAGCCGCCCAGGUGGGGCGAUGCAGCUGAAGAGAUUCUUGAAGAGCUUCUGGCCUGUAUAUGUUAUGCAGAACCAUGUUCUUUCCACCAUUUUAAGUGAAUUGCCCAAGGACAGCAAGGUGCUUCUGGUGUUGCUUCGAUGCGCUUUGGCCAUUGACCCUUGGCUAGAAGAUGCAUCGAAGCGUGAGAUGAGCAGUGCUGUGCCAAAAUACAUCGAGCAUUGCAAGUCCAUUGGGCAGCAAGUGGCCAGCCCAACAGUGAUGUACGCAGUGCAGCAAAGAGAUGGCAGUCUGUACAUCGUCAGAGACUACUACGAUGGCUACAAGUGGCUAGAGCAGAACACCGCCACGGAUGCGCGGGUCAUGGCCUGGUGGGACUAUGGCACCUCGGUGCACCGGACCUCGAUCGCGGAUGGGAACACCUGGAACCACGAGCACAUCGCCACCUUGGGCCGGACCCUCACCAGCGAGGUGAAACGUGCACAUAAUGUGAUUCGGCACUUGGCGGACUAUGUGCUUGUUUGGGGCGGCGGCCAGCGGGACGACUUGGGAAAGUCCCCACACCUGGCCAGGAUUGGGAACUCGGUCUUCCCGGAUCACUGCGGGGACGACGACCCCAAAUGCAACAAGUUCGGUUUCUAUUCGAACAAGGUGCCCACGCCAAUGAUGGAGAAGUCACUUCUCUAUAAGCUGGUGGAGCACAACAACAAGGAGGGUGUUAGUGUGAAUGAGAAGCUGUUCAAGCACGUCCACACCACCAAGCACGGCCUCAUGCGAAUCUAUGAGGUGCAGAAUGUCUCCCAGGAGAGCAAGGAUUGGAUUGCCGAUCCAAAGAACCGAAUCUGCGAUGCGCCGGGCAGUUGGUAUUGCUCCUUCGUCGUACCGACCGACAUCGACCGGACCGACGUAUCGACGUGACCAAACCGGGCACUGAAGCACCGUGUGAGGCUGGUGGCCAUUUUUUCGUUUGUAACGGGGGUGGUUGAGCCGUAGUUCUUCUGAUUUGGAUUGAUUUGGCAUGUUUUAGGAUAUUUUGGUACUGAAAUAAUUAAUAUCACCCAGACAUGGUAUGACUACGGAUGGUCAGUUGAAGGUAACCAUGUAACCAAAGAAGUAUUCACGCAGUUAGAAGCCUCACAAAGCAAGUUCCCACCUGUUUUUUGAACCCUCGUUAGUCACUGAGGAAAACCAUCGUUGGUAACGAAACCGGCUGGUGUACAUGCACCAUCAUGCACCUGUCACAUGGACUCUACGUGUUCAAAGAUGACCAACAAUGUGCGAAGCUGCGUGUGUCCUAUAGUAUACAGUGGUUUCAGAGGUUCGAUGGCACAGACCCGGUUCGAUGUCCUGAAAAGAUAAGGGGUCCAAUCAUUGCACCACCGACCGACUGGGGGCCCUUGUGCCGUCCUCUCAAUCCACAUGGGCCGAUCUCCGGGGUGUCCAGUCCUUUGCCGCCCGCCUGCCAAACGAGGUGUGGGUCAAUACCCUCCAGCCCUCAACAAGCUCAUUGCCAAGCGCCGGAACUUCGCGCAGAUCGAGG